UGGAAAUCCGAAUUGCUUGCCCUAACUCGUCCUACACAGAACAAACGCUAGUCAAAACGUUAUAACAGUAGUGUCUUUACUAGCCAUCUCUUCAAUCUUCCCACUUCAGAUUCAUCAAAUUAUCCAAACCCAGGUCCAAAAAACACUGGUAAGAUCUGCAAUUCAGACAGGGUUUGAUUAAUAAUGGCAAAGCAUUGAAUCAAAAGUCUUCAAGCUUUUCCUUCACAUGGCAAAUCCCCACAAAGGCAGGUUUUUUCUCUUCUUUUUUCUUUUCGUUUUUACAUCACCACCACUUCUAAUAGCUUUUGUAAACUCUAACUCUGUCCCAAUCCAACACGAGCAUGGCCACGAUCAGAUUCCUCAUCAUGAACCUGAACCUCGGAGUUCACUUGAUUUUAAUCCCCAGGAAGUUUUAUUACAUAAACUUGAAGAGUUAGUAAGAAAUCUUAGUGAAGUAGUUUCUAGAUUAGAAUCCAAAUUAUCAGAGUCUUCAAAAGUUGAUGACAGGCGUAGUGUUGACAGCUCAAAGUCAGGUUUUGGAAAGACAGACGAAAUUAGUCAACGAAAAUAUGAUGUUAAAGCGAAUAUUCAAGAAGUUGAAGUUGGAGAUGGUGGGGAGAGAGGAAGGGCUCUUUCGGUUACUAAAUACAGUCCGUUUUGGUCUGAGAGGUUUCAAUUCAUGUCAGCUGUUAAAUUAGAUUCUGAUGCAACAUGUAUGAACAUUUUACCGUUUCGUGAUUACGAGGGACUUAGUAAGUAUGUUGCUGUUGGGGACGAAAGAGGAAAGGUUUAUGUGUUUUUAAGGAAUGGGGAUGUUGUGGCCGAGUUUUACACCAAGUGCGAGUCGCCAAUUAUGGCAAUGGUUUCAUACAUGUUUGUUUAUAAGAAUGAGAGUGUUGUCGUUACAGGACAUCAAAAUGGUGUGAUCUUGGUACAUAGAAUUUAUGAAGGAUUGAAUGGAGAAGAAUCAGGUUCGCCUGUAAUGGAAACUGUUGGUAAAUAUGUAGCUUCUGAAAGCGGGGAAGAUGGGUUGCCAAUAACCAUAUUGGAAGUUCAUCAUGUUGGAAGAAUGAGGUAUAUUUUGUCUACGGAUCUAAGUGGAAAAAUUAGGGUAUUUAGAGAAAAUGGAGCACUUUAUGGUUCUGCCAUGCCAAUGAGUAGGCCUCUUGUGUUCAUGAAGCAAAGGCUUUUGUUCUUGACAGAGACUGGUGCUGGGUCAAUGGAUUUGCGAAGCAUGAAAAUUAAGGAAUCCGAAUGUGAAGGGUUGAAUCAUUCUCUUGCUCAGUAUUAUGUCUUCGAUGCAACAGAGCGGUCUAAAGCAUAUGGUUUUACAUCAGAUGGUAAUUUGAUUCAUGUGUUGCUGUUGGGCGAUAUGAUGAACUUCAAGUGCAGGGUAAGGUCCAAGAAAAAGUUGGAAAUGAAUAAGCCUCUUGCUUUUCAGGCUAUUAAGGGAUAUUUGCUUAUUGUUGAUCCAGAAAAGGUUUUUGUGUAUAAUGUUUCUACCCUGCAUUAUGUUAGGUCUGGUGCGCCACGGCCUCUUUUCUCUGCCAGUUUGGACGAGAUCAGGUCAUCUUUCUUAACCUACCAAGUGAUGGAUACAAAUAAAGAGAGAAGACAGGUAAUGCCAUUAAUAGCCAGUGAUCGUGAAAGGCUUGUUGUUCUUGGACUCGGAGGAGAGUAUGUGGGAAUGUAUCGCUCUAACCUUCCAGUUUUGAAAGGGGAAUCUAAUACAAUGCUAUCGACCAGCCCUGUGCUGUUUUUCAUACUUUUCUUAUUUGGGGCAUGGCAAUUCUUUGCAAAGAAGAAAGAGGCACUUACUUCAUGGGGACCAGAUGAACCCUUUAGCUCCACAUCAGCUACAAAUGGGGCCACAUUAGGAUCUAGCAGUGGGGACAGGUCUUUCAUAGAUUCUUCUUCAAGAGAUGCUGAUAUUGUGGACUUGAGAAGCAGUGGUCUUGAAGGUCGAAGGUAUGCAUCUCCUGCAUAUCCAGGUGGAACAACUGGUUCUUUCAGGCCGAACUCUGCUGAUCCCAGCUCUAGACCUGCUUCUGUUGAUCCCCAUUAUAGAGCUGCUCCAGAGCUAAAGUUCAGGGGUUCAACCCUGGAAUCUCCUGGCUUUUCUAAAAGAAAAGAGAGUUUCUCUGUGAACAGCCGAGUUGUGGAUCAUGACAACAGUUGACUCUUAAAACCGGUUUUCCUUAACUUCGACUUAAAGGGGGGUUCUUUUAGAUUGUGCUUUGGCUGUUCAUAAGAUAUUGUCAAGUCAUUUGAACCUGCCUUGUUGUAUUUUUAAUUUUUAGUAACAUAAACAAAGAACAAAUGCAAAAACUUUAAACAUUUUCCUUUUUGAAGGAGAGUUUCACAAAUCUGUAUGUUCUUAUAGCAUUUGUCUUUUAUGCGUAUGGGUGGAGGCUAAAGUCAAUCCUCUUCUAAGCUUAGGUUUGGUUUCUACCCUAUCUUCCGUGCAUUGCGAUUGGCUUCGUUGCCUUACAAGAUGAAUUCAAAUAUCAAUU